ACAUCCCAUCCAUCAUUGCCCUCCAAAAUCAAACACAAAGAGACUCCGUGUUUUGAUCACAAAGAGAAAUUUUCUCACCAUCUUCUCCUUCUUUUUCUUCUUAGCCUUUCUGUGAACAAGACCAUGGAGAUUGAAUCAGCCAAGUGUGAGUGUUGUGGCUUGAAAGAGGACUGUACCCAAGAUUACAUCUCCCAAGUUAAGUCCAAAUUUGAUGGCAAAUGGCUCUGUGGCCUCUGCUCCGAAGCUGUCAGAGAUGAAGUUAACAGAGCCAAAAAGCCCCUCUCUGCCAUGGACGAAGCUGUCAAAGCUCACAUGUCUUUCUGUCGCAAGUUCAAAUCCAACCCUGCCGUUCGUGUCGCCGAUGGCAUGAAGCAGAUGCUCCGACGAAGAUCCGCCGACUUCUCUUCCACCUCGCCUUCUUCAUCCAACAAGUAUUCCAGGUCAACAAAUGCUUCCCACGUUGGUGAUUCAUCCACCCUGACAUUGUACUAAACAUAAAAGCAUCAACAACCACCGAUACUUUCAGAAUCGAAUCACAUAUUUAAGCACUAUGUAUCUUAACUUGUUGGUUAGUAUCAUGUUGUUCAUGUAUGUAUCGGUGUUUGUUUAGGACCUAAUGGAAACAAAGCAGAGAGAGAGAAGAGGUAGAAGAAGAAGAAGGUAGUCAAAACGGAGAGAACAGAGGACUCUGUUUCCUGCGUUGAGAAAUGAAUAUGGAAUAAGAAUUGAUGGGUAGACUUUUUUUGUACA